AUGAUAACUCCAAGUGGUGAAAGAAUUGACAAUGAACGAAGAUCUUGUUUCAAAUAUUUCGUAACACUUUUGUUUUUAUUGUUCCUUAUCCUAAUCUUACGAAAACAAAAAGAAGAAGAAGAUGAACUUAGUAAUAGAAGUAAAAUGAAUUUAAGGCAAAAUGAAAAUUAUAGGAAUUUUGCAUUUAGCUAUUUAAGAGAAAUUAGUUAUUUAAAAUAUGAUUCAGCUAUAUAUAUAUCACCAAAUAGAAAAAUUGUUCCUAGUAUAACAUAUAUUAAUGAAUACACGAUACAUGUAGAAGGUUAUGAUAACAUUUUACACAAUUUCGAGAAUUUAUCGGUAGGUAUAAAUGAAGUAAAUAAUCAUUUUUACAUUUAUGCGUCGGAGGGUAAUAAAAUUAAAAACAGUGUAUGUAGAAAUGAAUAUUACUCAGAUGACUCAUGUGCAACAAUUAAUACCAUAUUAGUAGACAAGUCCUUGUUUAAAAAUAUGCUAAUUCCAAGUUGUAAUGAAAAAGAUAGUUUCUUUUGUUUUUUUGUUUUUGUACAAUUAAAAAAAGAUAAAUGUUAUAAUUUUAAUAAUUUAUCCUAUUCAUGUCAUUUGAAUAAUAUUGUAAAAUCCCCUACUGUUUUUCAAAUUAAAAAUUAUUGCUACGUAGUUAUAGCUAGCUCAAAGGUACAUAAAAUAUAUGAAUUUGUUCAGGUGCAUUUACUAAAUAAUGAAAUACCUUUUAAUGAAAACACCCGGACCAAAGAAGUGGAAAUAGUUACUCAUUUUUGUGGACAUUUAUUAAAUCAAAUUGCAGCUAUUGAUGCAGUUAAUGGUAGGUUGCUAUUUAUUCAACAGAACAUAUAUACUAAUGAUAAAAAUGAAAAAAUCGAAAAUGACCAAGAAAACGAAAAUGAGCACAGUAGUGAAAAUAGAAAGAAUAGAGAAAUUCAAGAAAAUUAUAAGACAAAAAUUAAUAAAGGAAAAAACGAAAAGGAGGAUUAUCUGAAAUUUAUGGAAAGUUAUCCAAUUAAUAAAUUUAUUAAGAAUGAAAAUAACGGAAAACGCUUCAAAUUUCAAAUAAAUUACUAUUUAACCAUAAUAAAAUUAAAACCAGAAAAUACGGGUAUAAUUAUAUAUGUGGAAUAUAUGAAAAACAAACCAGAAUUUGGUUUAUUCCCUCCAAUAUAUAUAGCUUUCAAUGAGCAUUCAAAUUUGUAUUAUAUAGUGCAACAUGAAAAAAAUGGCUUUCUUAAUUUUAUUUUCAUUUCUCCAUCGACUAUGUCCGUUUAUUACACCUUAAAAAUAAGAGAAUUUUACACUGGAUGGUUACUAAAUUCGGCCCAAGCAUACGACAGCAAAGGAUUAGUUCUGUUUGGUGAAUAUCCACCAUAUGAAGACGAACUUCAUGUUUGGGACAUAAGAAAUUUGCAACAUAGAAAAUAUUUCGUAAAUGUAAUUAAAGCUUACUGA